GGUAAUUACUUCCCACUCAGUCUCAAGCCGUGGCAGCUAGCUGUAUCUCUGAAUGAAAAGGAGGACACUUUUGGAUACUCUUGGCAUCAGGACAGCUAAAAAUGGGGUCCAUUUUGGCCCUGUUUAUACUGCUUUUCCUUCCUAUAGGAUGCAUGGCACAAGGAUGUAAGGUUAACAACACCAGGGUGGAGAUUCCGGAAAACAACCCUGUAGGUUACGUAGUGACAACUAUACAAACAGAUCCUGGCUACAGCAUGACUGUCUCUGACAACAUUGAAUGGUUUGAAAUUAAAGGCACACAGUUGCUACUGAAGCAAUCCCUUGAUUAUGAGACUAAUACAACGCACGAUGUUAGUCUCCUUUGUGAAAGGGGUGGCACAACGGAAAAUAAUAUAAGGGUUUAUGUCACAGUGCUAAACGUCAAUGACAACCCUCCGGUGUUCAAAUAUAGCACAUACACCUUCACCAUCCCAGAGGAUACAAAAGUGAACACUCCAAUUGGGGAAGCGAUUGAAGCUGAGGACCUCGACCUGGACAGGAUCUUUUACGUUCUGACAGGACCAGUUCAGGAGGCAGCUUUUUUUAGGCUCACCUCAAUCAAUAACCCUGUUAUUCUGGUGAACCAGAACCUGGAUUAUGAGAAGUUCAAUCACGUGCAGCUUAUUCUGACUGCCCGGGAUACUCCAACUGUGGGUGAGAGUCCUUCUCACACGGCCACUGCAACUAUAAAUAUAAACAUAGAGGAUCUGGAUAACAAACCACCACAAUUUCUGCCAUGCCAGAUAAUUAAUGGCAUCUGCAUCAAUGUUGGAUAUACAACAAAAGUAAAUCGAUCAGAAAAGGAGACAGGGGCGCUGGUUUUGCAACCAGGUCCAUUAUAUGCAAUAGAUGGAGAUACUGGCAUUAAUACUCCCAUUGAGUAUUUAGUUCUUGCUGGGAAUGAUGCAGGAAUAUUUGCCGUGGAUAAAUUUAGUGGAAAUAUAACAAUGACUAAAGCAGCAGAUACUUUGGGGAUAAUAUUUUUGCAGAUUAUGGCUGCCCAAGUUAAUGAUGGACAGAAAUUUGCAACUACUUCAUUGACAAUUGAUGUUGUGGAAAGAAACCACCACCCUCCAAAGUUUGAAAAGCAAAAUUAUUUUGGAACAAUCCAGGUUCAGUCUGCCACUGGCACAUCUGUUACCGAUUCCAGUAGCCCCAACAGACUCCUACAAGUGUUUGCUGCAGAUGAAGAUUUUGAAGAUCGGAUGAAUCCAUAUAUCACAUACACAAUUCAAGGCACAACUGAUUUCUCAGUGUCCCGGAAUGGAUUUAUAAAAAACGAUGCUGUAUUUAACUCUCCAACUAAAGUAGCAUUUACUGUACUGGCAACUGACACCGUGACGAGAGAAGAGGACAUCACUAAUGUUGAAGUGGAAAUCACCCCAAGUGUCACCACUAUUGUUACUACAACUACAACAACAAGAACUACAGCUCAUGGACCAGGUACCACUACAACUACAACCUCUGGUACAGGCACCACUACUUCUACACUUCCUGGAACAGGUACCACUAUAAUUACGACUUCUGGAACAGGUACCACUACUACUACAACUCCUGGAACAGGUACCACUACAAGUACAACUCCUGGAACAGGCACCACUACAAGUACAACUCCUGGAACAGGCACCACUACAAGUACAACUCCUGGAACAGGCACCAUAAUGAGCACCACUCAUGGGACAGGUACCACUACAACUACUUCUCCAGGAACAGGGACCACAACAAGCACCACUCAUGGGACAGGUACCACUACAACUACUUCUCCAGGAACAGGGACCACAACAAGCACCACUCAUGGGACAGGUACCACUACAACUACUUCUCCAGGAACAGGGACCACAACAAGCACCACUCAUGGGACAGGAACCACUACAACUACUUCUCCAGGAACAGGGACCACAACAAGCACCACUCAUGGGACAGGAACCACUACAACUACUUCACCAGGGACAGGUACCACAACAAGUACGACUCCUGGCACAGGAACAACUACUAGUAGAUCUCCAGGGACAGGUACUACUACAACAAUUUCUCCAGGGACAGGUACCACAACAAGUACUACUCCUGGAACAGGUACCACAACAACUACCACUCCUGGGACUGGUACCACAAUAACUACUACUCCUGGGACUGGUACCACAACAACUACCACUCCUGGGACUGGUACCACAACAACUACCACUCCUGGGACUGGUACCACAACAACUACCACCCCAGGGACAGGCACUACAACUACUACCACUCCUGGGACUGGUACCACAAAAAGUACAAUUCCUGGAACAGGUACCACUACAAGUAAAAUUCCUGGAACAGGCACCACCAAGAUUACCACACCUGGGAUAGGUAAGCCAACAACCAAUGUACCUGGAAUAAGCUCUACUACUUCUAAAUCACCUACAGCAACCAACACGGAUAAACCAGCAGGGACAACGCACAGCCCAGCAGAAAGCACAGUCGGAUCAGGAAAGGGUUACAGUGCCACAGAUAUGGCUGCCCUGGGUGCCACCCUCGGAGUGAUUCUGGCCUUGUGCUUGGUUGGACUUGGAUUCCUCAUUCAUAAGCAGUAUGGGGAUCAAAUAAGAAACAGGAUGAGAAAAAGUUCUGGUGAUGACUUUGGGGGCUCUGAAGAUAGGACUGAACAGCUCAUAGAUGACGAUGAUGCAGAUGAUGAUCCUAAUCCUGGUUCUUCUGAUGUAAUGCCUACCAGUAUCAGUUAUGAUACUGAUGGUAACAUUUCCAAAGAUCCAUUAGUAACAGAUUAUUUAGUUUUAGGGGCCUCUGCAGCAAAUUUAUUUGCAAAUGAGAAUUCAUCAAAUAUUCCAAAUGCAGAGAAACCAGAAGAAGGGUCUGAUUCAGAUGACAAGAAAGAAGUAAAGUCCAUCCUCACAAAAGAGUUUAAGGAAGAUCCAGGGUAUAAAUCUGUGUGGUUUAGGGAGGAUGCCUCACCAGAGGUUGUAGUGAUUGAUGGGGUCGAGGAAGGAGAAGUUGAUGAUGGUGAAACUGAGGAAGAAUAUAAUCAAGAAGAUGAUGAUGAUGAUGAUGAUGAAGAUGACCUGAGCCCCGAUUUCCUUGGAAUGAACAACGACUCAAAUAAUUUCUCCCAACUUUAAAUAUAGCCUCAAACGGCAACACCAUCUUGACUAUGCCAUAUGUUGGCUUACCAUGUAAACAUUUGGGGACAUACUCAACAUAUUACGAGUAUGUAGUUAUCUGCUUCAGAAGAAUCUACAGUAUCAUGCUUUCUGGUAGCUUAACUAAACACCAAAGGCAAUAUACAGAGUAAAAAGGAACCAGGUUAGAUGGUAUUUUAGAGGUAUCACUGACUGCCAAUGUAUAGAGUAAUCAUCCUCUUCACAAAAAGUUAAAAAAAUCUUUAAUAUUAUUCUAAGAGGUGUGUUAUUGGCAGUAAACUGCCUUUAACUUUACUCGCUAACUCACUUGAAUAUGUUUAUGUCCCUUAGCAAUACCCACCUACCAGUAUAAUUGUAUUGUAAACCAGGGGAUGUUCACCUUUAUAUUAACUUUUAAUACGUUAUAGAUGGGUCUAUUCUAAGCAGCCUCUCAAUUGGUUUUCAUUAUUUAUUUUGUGCUGUUUUUAGUAUUCCCAUUCUGCUUACUUAUAGCCUUAAAAAUGCUACCUGGUUGUUGGGGGUCACUGACCCCAGCAACCAAAAUACAAAUUUACUGUGAGGGUUGACCUGAUAGGGAACUGAAGCCCAUCUUUGCUUAUGUGAAUGCAGGGCUGUGAUUGGCUUUCCCCCUCCUACUGUGUUUUUGGCAGGGACCAUUAGCACACGCCCAUCCCUCCUUUAAAACAUGGACAUGGACCAGAGAAUAUAACGUAAGCCCAAAGUAAACCAACACCAUAUAUUAUUAAUUAUUGACUACACGAUUGGAGGGGUUUAUAGUUAAACUUAAAACUUUCAAGCCAAAGAAGAAAAAAAAGUGUAAACAUUUCACAAACAACAAAGAAUAAAAAAGUGAAACUCUAAAUUCUCUAAAAUUAAAACUCUAAAACAAUUUUUCUUAGAAUACUAAUGUCUACAUCAUGCUAGAAGUUUAUUUUAACAGAAAAAUCUUAUGACCUAAAUAACUGUACGUUACAGGCCAUUCCUUCAGCUUUCAUUUUCCAACUUGCAGUGAACAGAUCAUCAUCAUUUAUUAUUAUAGUGCCAUCUUGCUGAUUGGUUGUUAUGGACAACUGCACUUGUGAAAUUUAGCACCUAUGUUUGCAAAUUCUUGACUGCAAUUGUUAAUGGUUACAGUGAUUAUAAUACAUUAUGUUGUUUCUUUAAAUGUAUUACUGUUAGUUUCCACUGGAAGUUAACAAGCUGAACUAUAAGUGACCAGUUCUUGUUUAUGUAUUUGGAACUAAGAAAAUGUAAAAAUGGGUGCUUUCAAACAUCUAACCAGUGGCUGCUACCUACUGACUUCCUGCUAUAGUUUACUACAAAUUAAGCUGAUUUUGCCUCUGUUAUUGUAUCAAGCUAUGUUAUUCCUUAAGGUUUAGUCCAACCUCAAUCUAGGACUUUAAUGGACAAGUAAAGUUAAAAUCAAUGGUGGCUGCCAAAUGUUAGGGAUCCCCCAAAAGAAGCAAAGAUCACAAUGUGGUGCUCAUUCAGAAGCACCUGGGGGUGGUGAAGUUUCCAUCAACAGGAGCACUGGCCUAGGGUAGAGUCCUGCAGUGGGUCGGGUACCCAUGGGACACCCAUGAGUACCCUGCGGGUUGCAGGUAGGAUUUUCAGAUGCAGGUAUAGAUGCGGGUCAGAUGGUUGCAGGUUUUAUACAUAUUUCUUAUAUAAUAUUACCUACAUUAUCUAUAUUUUACUCCUUUAAACAUUUUUUUCUACCUCUGCCCAAUUCUGAUGUCACUUCUGGUUUGCAGCCACAGCACUUCCUGUUUAAUGGUGGCCAGUGGGUCAAGGAUCAGGUUGCGAAUAAGGCAGUUGCAGGUUAGGUAGCGGGUCAAAGCAAGUAAAAAUGGGGGUUCUGGGUCCGGGUAGUCGGUUGCUGGCUACAGGUCCGGGUCUCAAAAAUUGGUUUUAUGCAGGACUCUAGCCCAGGGUAUCAGGUAAAAAAUUAUAAUUAUUUGGCGCACCCCCCAAUCCCCCCCAAGGGAUUAUAACUUCCCCUCUCAUUUGAGGGCUUUGGCACUGUUCUUUUUAAUGUGUUCCCAUGCAGUGGAUUGUUAACCCAUGGGGAGGAACGCAAACACCCACUGUACAGGAACAUGUGUAAAAUCACCCAUGUGUAUAAACCCUUAAGAUGGAGGUGAAUAAAACAUUGCAGAAGAAUGGGUUCUUCCUGAUGUGAGUUUGAUCACAAACAUUUAAAUGAAUCUCACGCAGGAGUCAACAAUUCCUUCUGAUAAUAAACUAAAUAUCAACAAUACCCUUUUAAGAAUGAAUGGAAUUAGUUCACGGGAUUGGCUGAUUGUUCUUUAUUUUUAGCCAAAUCUUUGGUUAUUAUAAAUGUUAAAUUGUCUAAAAGAGAAUAGGGUUCUUAAAACAAAUAAACCAUUCCUUUCUUUUUUAAAAGUCAAA